UCGAUUGAGGCAACGAGGCUGUGGACUGAUUCCAACAUCUCCUCGAUAAGCAGGCUCCAACCAAGUACAGUCACGGCCAAACAGCAAACUGUAUCAUGAAGGAAGUCCACCGCCUCGGGUUCACGAAGCUCGGGGGUGAGGGCACUAGGAAUGGGCCGUACAGCAUCAACGUGAUUUUCGUCCACGGUUUGAAGGGGCAUCCAAAGCACACAUGGGGCCGCGACUCACCCCAGGAUAGUACAGCCGAGGCUGCUCCAAGCUCGAGUAGCCGGCCAUCUCUCAAGUCCAUGUUCCGACGCAAACGACUACCUUCCAUGCCUGAUAGCAAGGCCCAGGCGAACCCCUCCCCGCCCAAGCCUUUCUGGCCCCACGAAUUCCUCACGGAGGAUAUUCCUGAAGCACAAGUAUGGACCUACGGGUACAACGCGGAUGUGAUCGAAGGACUUUUCCGGGCGAACACCAAGAACAGCGUCUCACAGCAUGGACGCGACUUUGCCGCGAAACUCGAACGAGAGAUUGAUAAUGCAUAUCCGCUCGUGUUCAUAGCGCAUAGUCUUGGCGGCAUCAUCACCAAGGACGCAAUUUGCAGGUCCGAGUCAUGCCAGAAACGGACAAAACUGAUCGUCUUCCUCGGCACCCCACACCGUGGAAGCACAUACGCGGGAUGGGCCGAAAUCGCGUCGAAUUUAGCACGCCUUACCAUGAAGGAUCCGAACAAAAAGGCGCUUGAAGCUUUGGAGGUCAAUGGCGAAGUGUUGCAAAACAUCAACGAUCAGUUCGUAUCAACAGCGUAUAAAUCCAAAUUCAAGAUCCACUCAUUCCAAGAGGCCCGUGGCUUGUCAGGAAUGAAAGGUUUUGAUAGUAAGAUUGUGGGCGACUUUUCUUCUAAACUCGACUUCCAUCCCGAUCUCGAGACAGUUGAGACCAUCGACUCAGAUCAUAGGCAGAUGGUCAAAUGUGUUGACAAGAACGAUGCGCGAUACCGUGCGAUCCUCGGCGUUUUGCAGCAUUUUAUGCGUCAGAGCUCAUUGCAUCCAGUGCCAACUGAAACCUCACCUGGCGACAAGGCCCAGCAAGCGCCUGGGGCCGCGAAACCAGAUCAUAGAUCCAACAUUCGAACGUGUUUCUACGUCCCAUUUCCACCAAAUAAACGCUUCGUGGGACGCAUUGAGAUUCUCAAGCAGCUCCAAGAGAAGCUUUUCACCGACUCUGAACACUCAACUGUCGCACUUUUGGGCCUGGGAGGGAUUGGCAAGACACAAGUCGCUCUGAAUCUUGCAUUUUGGGCCAAGGAGAAUAACUACUCCGUCUUCUGGAUACCAGCGCUCAGCAACGCGAGUUUCGAGCAGGCAUGCACUGGUAUCGCCAAGACGCUUGGUAUUCCAUGUGCCGAUGGCGAAGAUCCAAAAGAAGCGGUUCAAAUGCACCUUAACUCGGAAAAUGCAGGGAAGUGGUUUCUCAUCAUUGACAACGCUGACGACGACGAUGUCAUGUUCGAAUGCCCCGAUCAGUCGAGAUGCCUGUAUGACUAUCUCCCGAAUAGCCAGAACGGACGAAUUCUUUUCACAACAAGGUCUCGAAAACUAGCAGUCGCGGUUGCCGGAGAUGACUUAGUCGAGUUGUCAGAGAUAACCCAAGAGGAAGGAAAGUCGUUUUUGAAAAAAGCACUUUUCAACAAAAGCUUGCUUGACGAAGAGCAUGCUGUGAUUGAAUUCCUUGACGAGCUCACAUAUCUUCCACUGGCAAUCAACCAAGCCGUGGCAUACCUGAAUGAAACCGAGAUAACAAUCACGGAGUAUCUGCGUCUUUUCAGAAACACCGAUCAGGACUUGGUUGAAUUAAUGAACACCGAAUUCCUGGACAACACCCGAUAUAGGGAGAGCCAGAACGCCGUGGCUACCACGUGGCUGAUAUCCUUUCACCAAAUUCGCAAGACUGACGAACCUGCCCUGGAACUGCUUUCAUUUGUAGCAUGCAUUGAGCCGAAGGCCAUACCUCGCUCAAUGUUGCCUCCUCUGGGGUCAGACCAACAGUUCACACGUGCCAUUGGCACACUCUGCGGGUACAAGUUUCUCAGCAAACGAGAAGACGGGGAAAUGUUUGACAUGCACAGCUUGGUGCAUCUGGCAAUGAGACUAAUGGUCACCGAACAAGGGUCCUUGAAUGAAAUCAAAGAAGAUGCCAUUGACCAUUUGGACAUUGUGUUUCCGAAUGACGACUGGGAGAAUCGUGAGAUUUGGCAACGAUACCUACCCCAUGCCCUAAGACUGCUUCAAACAAGUGAUUUGAUUGAAACCGCAGAGCGCUGCAAUCUAGGGUUUUGGGUGGGCCGUUGCUUGGACAAGGACGGACGGACGAAGCAGGCACUGGAACAGCUUCAGAAUGUCACGAAAAUACAGGAGCAGACUUUAGCCGAAGAUGACAACAAACGGCUGGUCUCACAACACGACCUCGCCGGAGCAUAUGCGGCCGACGGGCAAAUAAGGAAGGCUAUUCAACUUCUCGAGUAUGUGGUUGCGAUCGAGGCCCGAAAAAUGGCAGAAGAUGACCCUAUCCGUCUGGCCUCACAACACGAGCUCGCUAGAAUAUAUACGGCCAAUGGACAAGUAAGGGAAGCUAUUCAACUUCUCGAGCAUGUGGUCGUGAUCAGGGCCCGGAUAUCGGCAGAAGAGCACCCUCAUCGACUGGCCUCACAGCACGAGCUUGCCAGAGUAUAUACGGCCAACGGGCAAGUUAAGGAAGCCAUUCAACUUCUCGAGCAUAUAGUGGCGGUCGAAGCGCAGAUAUUAACGGAGGAUCACCCUGAUCGAAUGGCAUCGCAACAUGAGCUCGCUAUAUCAUAUGCAGCCAGUGGGAAAGUAAAGGAAGCGUUUCAGCUCUUUGAGCAUGUGGUGGCGAGAGGGGCUGAAGUGCUCGCAGAAGAUCAUCCUGAUCGACUAGCUUCACAGAGUUACCUGGAGUGGAUGUAUGAGACUUAUGAACGCCCAUAUUAAUAAGAAAAUAUCGUUAUUAUUGUUUACA